GAGAGAGAGAGAGAGAGAGAGAGACUCCUCUUGAUCCUUUACGUCCCUUCUUUUCUUUAGUCGGGACUGACGUGGACUGUCAGGACUCCCCAAUCCACAAGGAGGAAUUCUAAAGCGGUUUGCGACCCCCGUUGGAAAAGAUCACUCAGUGCGCGUUUAUGGCCUAUUGAUCAGGUGACUCCAUCCUUCUCCCCCUCCUCGUCAUCAUCAUUAUCAUCAUCGUCAUCAUCAUCAAUGCGAGGAUGAGGAGAAUGGAUUGAGGGCUGGGUCGCGAGGAUCAAAUGUGUUCAAAACGGCUGAUGCUACUGCUCUGUUGCUGAGUAUCACACACCUGACCUGACUCAUUUUUGGUACUGUCGCCACACUCGCGACUCAAAACACUUGUAUCUCAAAUCAUCCUUCGCAAACGAAAACAAAUGUACCAGCUUGAAAAAAAAAAUCAAUGAGGAAAAACAGCACCCUCUAUUUCAUAAAAACAGCAUAAUAACAUUUAAAUAGAGAACAGUUUGUGCAUCAUGAUUUAAUGCUGCAAUUUAAUUCAGUGUGCUGCUUCUUCUGGUGUGUCCGCCUUGGGCACCAGGAGGUAGUACUGUGUAAUACACACACACACACACACACACACACACACACACACACACACACACACACACACACACACAAAAUAGACUUCUUCGAUUAUUACGCCUACUCAGUUAGUUGUAAUAUUCGUCAUUGUGUCUGAAUCACCUGUAACAUGUGUGCUUCCAUUCGUGUUCAAAUAACCAUUGCGGAAAGCGUUUUUUUAAGUCAACAUAGUUUGCGUGUAAGUCUCUUUUUUUUUAGCUUUUGUGUAAACUUCAGCCGGGAGUGUCAUGAAACAGCUGCAAGGCUCUUUUUGGAUGAAUGCAGCUCGUUGUCAAGUGAGUUGAAUUGAAGUUCAUUGCCACCGUGAAGCGUUUGUAAUGUCAAGUUUGCGCUUGCAAGUCCAAGCAAAAAACCCAAAAAAACAAAAAAAAAUGUCAGUCCUGCCUUUUGUCAUCACUAUUCAUGCAGAGUUGCCUGAAAAUGAAGGAGAAGGCACUUUAUAGUCCCUAACGACGAUCCUGGCAAUACCUGGGAUGCUUCUGACGCAAAAAGGGUUCAAGGACUUCUCACUGUGGCGAUGAACCUUUGCAUGUUACCGUGGUCUUGGGCCUGAAAGUUCAACACAAGGAAUGAGCAGGAGCUUUGACAGAGGUUCGAGCCACAAUGGAGUCUCGCAUGUCCUCUUCCUGUUUCAUCACGUAGGACCUGAACAUGGAAGCGCUCGUUUUCAAACGCAGUUUUCAUUUCUCAGCCCUGCCGCCUUUUGAUUCUGCUUCCCGGUGGCACGAGAAAUGCUGACUCAUGUGUGAGGCUGACCAGGUGACACAAGGAAGGCAAGAAAUUGAUUAAGAUCAAUGACAUCAUUGAUGAAUGUGCAACGGAGCAUUUAUUCAAUCCUCUUGAGUGACCUGAAAUGUCCAGAUGCUUAUACCUUUUGUCCUCACAAUUCAGCGCACUUUUCCACUAUUAGCACCACUUGUGGCCCACUAGUACAACCCCAAGAUGUUGUUGUUGUUGUAUGUGGAUGCUGUCGUCUAGCGGCAACAGUGCCUGGUAUUCAAAUGAAGCAACAGUCCAGUACUUGAAAGUUGGAGCGUUACAGAGAAGCGAGAAUUGUGUGGGAGGUGCGUAGCACUCUUCAUCUUACAUAAUGUGGAACGGACACGCACGCACGCUUGAUGUUAUUAAACGCGUUUUGUAAUUCCAUUCAAGGUCAGGACAAGAAAUAGACUCAAUUAUGUCAUGUCGGUUGAUCACAAGGCCGCAGAAUAUAUUUCCAUGGCCGUUCUUUAUAUUAGGGAUGGCUUUGACGAAAGAGCGCCAACGAUGGUUUCCUCUUCCUUUGUCUUCUCUAUUUUGUCCUCCACUUCCCGCCCCCGAGACGCAAGUGUGGCUUGAUUAGAAAAAGCGUGGCAAUCCAUCACCUUGCCUGCCACGCUGUUGCCGUCGUACGCAUGCUCACACGAAGAAAGCCCACUCCCUGUAAGGCCAACCUCCAUCCUCAUCUUCCUCACGCUUCUCCCUCUCCAGUGUUUUUGUGGGGAGACGAGCAUCACCUCUCGGCGCCCUUCAUCCUCACUCCUCCUCCUCUCCCACGAGCAGAUGGCAUUUGUAGAACCAUUGUGGAAAUAGCAGCAUGUCAGCUCCAUGAAGGAAGGUUUGGAUGCGUUCUCAUCCGGGCUUCUCCUCCGGCCCCCUCCAUUCAAUAUCCAGGCAGGCUAAUGAAAUGGCCUCCAGCUGCCUGACAUCCGUCAUCUGAUGGUGAAGAUCUUCUCCGCUCUUCCUCAUCCAAUCAAACCUAAUGAGAGGUCAUCCAUAGCUGUGUUUGAAGUUUCGUCACCGUUCAUGGUCACGAUUUGACGUGCUGUUGCUUUAAUGCUGAACAGGAGAGCAUGAUGACUGUCUAAUCUGCUGACGGUUAGGAUAAAGCAUCUGUCGUAUGUAUCUGGCUGUGUCAUGCUUUUGAGGGGGUGAAGGGGGGGGGGGUCUGUAACAUUCACGAUGUGGAUACAGUGGAUUUGGUCGAGUCGAGCAGUUGCACGGGAGAUGAGACGCUAAUGUGCUUUUGGAACCAACUGUGUGCCUCUCCUCACCAGCAGCAGUUCCCAGUAGUGGCCAGUGGGCAUGGUUUUGGAGGGUAGCUCCGAGGCGCUGUGUCCCCCCCCAUCUCUGGAGCUGCGCCCAUCCUACAAGAGCCAGCCCUUGCCUCCCUUGGGCUCCAGCUCUCGGCUUCCGGACGGAGUCUUUCCCGAUGACAGGGAGCCUAUCACGUACGGCGAGCUCAUCGUCUUAGGGCACAAUGGCUCGCUGGCCUGUGGGGACAAGGGUCGCAGGAGGAGUCGCCUGGCCCUUUAUAAGAGACCAAAAGCCAACGGGGUCAAACCUGACGUCAUCCACAACAUCUCAACACCUCUUGUGUCCAAGGCACUCAGCAACAAAAGCCAGCACAGCAUCUCAUACACACUCUCUCGCAGCCACUCCGUCAUCGUGGAGUACACGCAUGACACAAACACGGACAUGUUUCAGAUCGGUCGCUCCACGGAGAGCAUGAUCGACUUUGUGGUGACGGACACAUCCGGCGCAGGCGGGGGCUGCGCCAGUGGGGAGGGGGGCGGAGGUCAGUCGGCGCAGAGCACCAUCUCCCGUUACGCCUGCCGCAUCAUGUGCGAGCGCAACGCCCCUUACACGGCCCGCAUAUACGCCGCCGGCUUUGACUCCUCGAAAAACAUCUUCCUGGGGGAGCGCGCCGCCAAGUGGAGGACAUCGGACGGCCUGAUGGACGGCCUGACCACCAACGGCGUGCUGGUCUUGCACCCAGCCGGCGACUUUGUGUCCGAGCCGGCUCCGGGCAUCUGGAGGGAAAUCUCCGUCUGCGGCAACGUCUUCGCCCUGAGGGAGACGCGAUCGGCACAGCAGAGGGGAAAGUUGGUGGACAACGAGUCCAACACCCUCCAGGACGGCUCCCUGAUCGACCUAUGCGGGGCCACGCUGCUGUGGCGGACUCCCGGUGGCCUGCGCCGCACGCCCACCCUCAAGCAGCUGGAGUCCCUGCGCCAGGAGCUGAACGCCGCCCGGCCGCAAUGCCCCGUGGGCUUCAACACGCUGGCCUUCCCCAGUCUGGCACAGCGCGAGAUCGUGGACAAGAAGCAACCUUGGGUGUACGUCAACUGCGGCCACGUGCACGGCUACCACAACUGGGGCUACCGCAAGGAGAAGAGCCCUGCCAGGCCAGGAGGCACAGCCCCGGCCGCCACCGGCGAGAGGGAGUGUCCCAUGUGCAGGCGGGUGGGCCCCUACGUGCCGCUGUGGCUGGGCUGCGAGGGGGGCUUAUAUCUGGACGCCGGAGCGCCCACUCACGCCUUCUGCCCCUGCGGUCACGUUUGCUCCCAAAAGACGGCGGCGGGAUGGAGUCAGAUCCCGCUGCCGCACGGGACGCACGCCUUCCACGCCGCCUGCCCCUUCUGCGGGACCUGGUUGACAGGCGAGCGGGGCCACAUCAAACUUAUCUUCCAGGGCCCCGUCGACUGAAGACCAUACGGUGGGGCCUUGGCACUGCUUUCUUUUGCUCCCUUGCCACGCUUCUAACCCAAAUCACUUUUCCUCAUUAAAACAAAAGGAAAGACUAUUCAUCCAUUCCAGGCCCCCCCACUCCAAAACAACACAAUUCCUUUUUAACAUGCGGCAGCAAAAGGCCAGACAGAGGCAUCACGUGGUACAUCAUGUGUGUUUAUGCAUAAUUUGUAAAUAAAUUGUGGUGACAUGA